GUUUCUCCUCCCAUCACCCCACGAACGGAUUCCGCCCUUCAGCUCCCCGUUUCAUCUCCUUAAUCUUCCCCAAUUCGUAACUGAGGCAGAAAUCAAGGUAGGGCGGCCGCCCUACUGGGUCCUCCGCGGGUGCUGUAGAUUGAUUGGCGGGUGGCACGGAGCACACGAUGGAGGUGGACUCGGCUCCGGUGGAGGAAGAGCUGGCUUUCGCCGCCAAGCAGCACGAAGACGACGACGACGACGGGGAGGACGUCUCGCCCGGCAGCAAGGAGCUCGUCGCCAUGGUGGAGGCGGCGGCGGAGAGCAUCGAGCUGGACGUGGCCGCCGAUAAUAGGGCGGCGGCGCCCGACGGGGACGACCGGACGCCGAGGGACGGGAUGGUGUUCAAGUCGUACGAGGAGGUGCUCAACUUCUACAAGCGCUACGCGCUGCGCUCGGGGUUUGGCGUUUGUGUGAAGAAGUCGUCCUUCACCAAGGCCGGCCUCUGCCGGCGGCUGGUGCUCGUGUGUAACAAGUGGGGGAAUGGGAAGGAGGACGCCUGCUACCAGGCGAGGCCGACGGCCAAGACCAACUGCCAGGCCACCGUCGUCGCGAGGCUGUGGGGGGAUGGGUUGCUGCACCUGACGGACGUCAGUCUCGAGCACAACCACGCGUUGAAUCCCUCGGCGGCUCGCUUUCUGAGGUGCUACAAGACGUUGCCCAGUGGGAUGAGCAAAGAUCUAGUGGUUAGGGCCGCCAGAGGCGAAUGCUUGACUUCCGGUGGCGACACUGAGGUCCUGAUGUUUGAUGACUGGGGGCGGCUUAAGAUCAGGGAGGGUGAUGUUCAGGCCAUCAAUGGUUUCUUUGGGGAGAUGCAGGCAAAGCAGCCAAACUUCUUCUAUGUCAUGGAUUUUUAUGUGGAGGGUAAUCUACGGAGUGUUCUUUGGGCUGAUGCAAGAUCCAGGGAAGCAUACCAAUAUUUUAGCGAUGCUAUUUGGGUCGACACAAGCUGCUUGAGGAAGAAGUUUGAUGUUCCGCUUGUUUUAUUUCUUGGGGUGAAUCAUCAUGGUCAGCUGGUUUUGUUAGGCUGUGGCUUGCUUUCAGACGAGAGUACAGAGAGCUUCCUAUGGUUGUUCAAGUCAUGGCUAACUUGCAUGAAGGGUCAGCUUCCAAACGCCAUAAUUACUGAUGAGUGUGUGGCGAUAAAAGCUGCGGUUCGAGAAGUAUUUCCAAAAACACGCCAUAGAAUAAGUGAUUGGCAUAUAGUCAGAAGUAUUUCAGAAAAAUUAGGAGAGUUAGCAGAAUAUGAAUCAAUUAAAACUGAAUUGGAGGCUGUAAUAUAUGAUUCCUUGAAGGAUGAUGAGUUUGAGGCAAGGUGGAAGAACUUGAUUGAUAGAUUUGGCCUUCAGGAUAAUGAAUGGAUCAUCUUUCUGUAUGAAAAUCGACACUUGUGGGUCCCGUCCUUCCUGAAAGAUGCCUUAUGGGCUGGAUUGUCUGUUAACCACCGGGAAAACCCAGGUGCAUUUUUUGAUGAUUCAUUAAGCCGAGAAACCACAUUGGUGUCGUUCCUUAGCAGCUACAUGAUUCUUGUACAGAACAAGCACAAGAUGGAGCAACAGGAUGAUUUUGAGUCAUUAAGUAGCAGCAGGGUCCUUGUAUCCAAAUUUCCUAUGGAAGAGCAGCUAUCCAAAAUUUACACCUUGAACAUGUUUGUGAAAUUCCAGGAUGAGCUAAAAUCAACCAUGCAAUGCCAAGUUCAGCUGGAUGGUUCGACAUCUUCUUUUGUAGUUAUUGAUUUAGCAGAACCAGGCAGAGAGAUGGUGAAUAAAAAGUAUGAGGUUGUUCACUGUAUGGAGACUAACAGGAUGGAGUGUAACUGUGGCCUAUUUCAGUUUAGUGGAAUUGUUUGUCGGCAUGCAUUAUCGGUGCUUAAAUGGCAGCAAGUGUACGAUAUCCCCCCUUGUUAUGUACUUAACAGGUGGCGGAGCGACUUUAAGCAGUUGCAUGUUCUGGAUAAUCCAUUGAAGGAUUUAGUGUCGAGUAAUCAUGUUGAGCGUUACGAUCAUAUUACUUUGCAGUGUCUCCGCCUUGUUGAGAUUGGAAUGGUUUCAGAUGAGAAGUAUCAGCAUGCGUUAAAACUAAUAAGCGACAUGAAAAGGACUCUUCUUGAUGAUAAUUUGUGUCGUGAAUUGGAGCACAAACUUUCACCAUCUGAACGUGCAAUUGCAAAUGGCGAUAGCCAUGCACAGCCUGGUUCAUCUGAGGUGGGUCCAUCCAAAAAGCGCCGUGGCCGUCCUCCUAAAAAGAGUAAAGAGAUAAGCAUGGAGUCUGUAUCAAAUCAAUAUGGCAACAAGGAUUCUUUACUUGUAUCAUCAGAUGCAAGCCAGAAGGAUGCUUUUCAUUCUACUUCGACUGCCUCCAACCUUGGUACUCAUGUCAGGCCACAUGGUGUUGAUGAUCUUAUGGAAGAAGUUAAUCCUAACGAGUUAUCAUUUGAGAGCCGUUAUGGGGUGCAAUCUAGCCAUCCACAUCAUUAUGGUGAUCAGCUACAUCCUGGCAACACCUUGCAGUUUGGUCAACAGACGCCAUCAGCAGAGCAAUCUAGGGGAGUCCAGUGGGUGUAUCCAAAUAUAUUUCAGGAUGAUCAAGCGCCUUAUGGCAGGCGGACAUCUUGAAUGCUGAAACAAGAGGUUACGAUGGCAGGUUUUAGAUCAGAUGUACAGAAGAGUCUGCAACCCAAGGGGGAGACCAAUGGGCCUGUGUGGCUCCAGGGUCUAUUAGCUUCAUCUAUCUGACAUCAGAGGCUGCGUGGGGAGAAUGCAUGCAGCACCAGCUGUUGAUCUAGUUUCAUCUACGUAGAAACUAACAGGAAUGUUGUCACGCGACAUGGCUGGCCAUAUCUGAUCCUUGACGAGAACUCGAUAGCUUUCUUGAACUUUGAAUCUGCUAACCAAGUUAUGUUACCCAGUCGCGACUUGGCCACUCAAUAGCUUUCCUGAAGAUGCCACACUAUGUGAAUGUCGUUUGACAACUCAACAUUUUUUGUAAAUUGUUUUGUCACGUGAUAUCCAUGUGAUGGAGAGAAUUGCCCGAGUAGUA